CCAAAUAACGCCUCCCAAUAUCGAACUGCGAUACGGCUCGAUAGGUUUUUUUUUUAUGCAUUUUUGUUUCUUGUUUGCACGUGCGAAACUCAACGCGAAUAAAUGCGCCGCGCCUGAGUCGAGGCGAGCGGACCGGAGGACAGAGGACUGGGACAGUGGACAGCGGAUAGCGGGCGGCCAUGGAUCAAUUCUCGCACGACCUGACGUUGGCUCUGGACCUGACGCUGAUGGACAGGGCGAGUGGCGUCGGUAGGUGGGGCUCCCGUCGCAGGACACGUUCCACGGGCAAUCUGCCCUGCGCCCCCCAGCCCACGGAAGACUCUUCGAGCAGUCCCACGGACGCGCUGAACCAGGGUCACCACCACCACGGUCAUCAUGGCCACCACCACCACCACCACCAACACAACAACCCAAGUGCCAACGUGGACGGAUUGGACACGCACAACAUGAAGUUGCCUGCCAGCGACUCGGACGAGAAGGCGGAGGCGAUGCUGCCUCUGCGUCUGCCACUGGCUUUGCCCGGACGCAUGGGCGCCCUGGAGUCGGACUCGCUUAACGAGACCACCUUCAGUCCAGCCAGAUUCUACAAGCCCAACUCGCGGAGGAAGCGCAAGAUCAAGCGCAUGUCCAUGGAGUUCGAGUUCAGCAAGGACACGCCGCACACAUUCACUGAGUCGCCGCUGCAGCCCGGCCUGCUGAGUGGCAGCGGCACCGCCACCGGAACCAUACGCAAGCGAUUGCUCAAGGCGGACCCCACUGGACACCGUUCACAUUUGUUCUUCUGCGGCAAACGCAAGCGCUCCAACCGCGAUCGCUACCACGAGCAGGAUUCGGUCAAGCUGUACGCCUCGCCACACUCGCAACUGGACGAGCCGCACCUGCAGCAGCAGCACCAUCACCAGCAGAGGAUGCGCCCGCGCAGCUACUCCUCCACAUCGAAGCCACUCAGCGACCGCCUGCUGCCGCUAAACAAGGGGCUGCUCUCGAAGAUCAACCGCAUGGCUGCCCAGGGACAGCAGGCCACGCCCACCCAAAAGACUGAGAACAAGGACAUGGACUUGAAAAGCCACCAGCCAGGGGGGACAGGUGGCGCGGGCCAGGAGAUGGAGGAGCUGCCCGAUCAGACGAAUGUGGCCAAGAAACUGCCCCCGCCAAGUGGCGAGGCCACUUCCGCCAACCUGAACUCCUUCAGGAUGGAUACCAUAGUGCCUGUGACGGAUAUUGAUGCCUUGCUGCUGAGCACACUACCAGCAGCUCCGCCGAUGCGCAAGAAGACCCACGGGCAGGUGCCCGUACAUAGCAGCUCCUCCAAGGCGCACCGCCGUCGCCGCUUCCAAACGCUUCCACAGCCGCCACUCCAGUUCCAGGCUCAGUCCAUGGACUGCAGCGAACUCUACGACUUCCUGAGCUCCAGUUCCCUGAGCUCCUCCUCAGACAGCGAGGCGGAGGUCGGUGGCCAUCGCCGGCACGACACCGACCGCGAGGGCGACGACGAACUCACCGACUGGCCGGGCAACGAAUUCGGACCCGGUGCCAGGUACGAUCCGAAGAGGAAGCUCACCAAGAAGUCACUACUGCCUCAAAUUCGCUCAGAUGAUACAAUUGGCGAAGACGACACUCUGAUGUCCGGGACCGAGGCGGGUGCGGUGGGAAUGGAACCGACACCGAAGUCUCCAGCCCAGCUGCCAGAAUCUUUGCAGGAUCUAUCCCGCUUCCAACCGGCCAGUGUCUCUGAACCCAUCGAGAUUUUGAAUGCCGGUUCGGAGAUGGAAACGAACGCCGAUGGUACCAUGCCCGUUUCCCGUCAAAUCGAGAGCGAGAUGUCCGGCGAAACUUCGAAUCCCUUCCUUUCCUCAUCGCCGCCAGGCCAGGCUCACGGGCAGGAGGUGCGCGAAAUCCGUGCCGGCUGUCGCCGCAUCAACGGGGAGCGACCGGGAUUCAGCAUCAAGAUGAGCGUUAAUGAGCGCAUCGCCCGAUUUCUGCAGGAUCCGCAACAGACGCAGAUCCGGCUGGCAGCCGACAUCGAGCUCCAUGAGCCCGACAGCAUAUGCAACCUGGCCACGCUCUACUCGUUGACCAUGGCGGUGGAGCACGGUUGCACGGUGCUCACCAAAACCAGGAACACCACACAGACGGUGAGCGUAGAUCACCUGCAGCAGGGUCUUCAGCCGCGUCCCGAUCUCUUCGGCGAUUUCAAGCGGCGCUGCUACGGGGAGAAGGAGCAGCUCGAUCCUGGCCAGACUCAGAACGAUAAAUGAGAUAGCGAUAUAUUAAUCAAAACGAGACCAAUCCCCAGCAAAUGCAGACGCGGAGCCAUCGCCUUGCGGAGUAAAACUCCUGGCGAUCUGGACCCUGCAUCGCUGGGGUGGAACAAGCCCGUAAUUUAAGAAUGCUUUUAGCGUGUUUUUGUGAAAUCUGUUCCGUGUACAUAAGUUGCUUCGGUCCGUGUAUAUACUAACCGACUUCAUUUGGGGCGGGCGCCAGCAAUUCGGAUACCGGAUCCCAGGUCCCGUCGGUCCAACCGCCCGCCCGCCCACACACUUGAAAGCGAGCGAGGUGACACGUUUCGAAGAAAGAGACAGAGAGGUAGAGAGUGGACCGACCAGAACCCGUUGGCAGCCGUUCCACUGUACAAAAUACGUAUUGUAAGACCUCCAGCGAAUAUGAAUGUAAGAAAUAAAUAUGUGUGGUCAUAUCC